CUGGGCGGGCCUUCCAAGUUUGGCGGAGUGGAUACCAUCUGAUGGAGUUGGGUCCCAGUGGGUUUUCUGAUUGUCCGGUACUGCACGAUAAAGAAAAUAUUGUUGUAUGCAGUGAGCCGAAAUCAGAGCUUAUGAAUGAAAAGAUUAUCAAACAAUGUGAAUUCUAUUUCUCGGAUGCAAAUAUUUUAAAAGACCAGUACCUUCUAAAUUUAGUCAAGUCAUCAAAAGAUGGAUGGGUGGAUCUCUCAGUAAUUGCAAGUUUUAAAAAACUACAGUCUUUGACGACGGACCUAAGCGUUAUUCGUCAGUCACUGACAGCAUCAACCAAAAUUGAGGUGUCAGAAGAUGGGAAUACAAUUCGACGCGUUGAUCCUUUGCCCACUUGGGACAAAUCCGUUUACUACCGUACCAUCAUAUUGUCGGAAUUCCCAGAAAAUUCAAACGUCACAGUAGAAAGUAUUCAAGAGUUCUUCACGACGAAUGGCCAUCCUCCAUCUUUAGUGCGUGUUCUGUUUCCAAACCGCAAGAUACCAUCUGAUCUUAAACGUUCACAAAUACUACAUAGUCAACUCGGUGUCAAAAUUUGUGCUGUUGUUGAAUUCCCUAAUCGACCUGAUGCAUUAAAAGCAAUCAAUUUAUCUCGCUCUCACUGGGGAAAAAUCUAUGCAUACCUUUUGUGUCAUGGCAAUAAAAAACUAAAUAAAAACCAACCCGAACAUAAGACUGUCCCCAAUACCACCAAUCCCAAGGAUGUUGCUGAUGACAAAGUUGAUCCCAUUCGCAAACCAUUUCUACGUCGUCUGGAUUGUCUUAGCAACAAUAGUAUUCAUGUGUCUCACGUACGAGAGCCAAUAGGUCCACCAACUGAAGAAAGUACUGGUUUUUCUCCUGGUUGGCAAAACAACCAGUCACAUAUAACAGAACUUUGCACAUUCGCUGAUGACCGGUACAAUCAAAUAUAA